CUUGACUUGGGGGUGUUUUGUGCCCUUGUCACAGGAAGAGAUGUCAGGAGAGAGCGUGGUGAGCUCGGCAGUGCCGGCGGCUACAACCCGGACCACCUCCUUCAAGGGCUCCAGUCCCAGCUCCAAGUAUGUGAAGCUGAAUGUGGGCGGGGCGCUCUACUACACCACCAUGCAGACCCUCACCAAGCAGGACACCAUGCUCAAGGCCAUGUUCAGCGGCAGGAUGGAGGUCCUCACAGACAGUGAAGGUACUGUAUCUGUCAGACCUCCAUGGCACCACUCAUCUCAGAUACGUUUGGCGGGAUCCAGAGGGUCUGAGUGAGGAGUCUUUAACACCUCUAUUAUUACACCUGUAUUUUGCUAUCCUGGUCCGAGAUCUAGUUGUACUGUCUUGCCAACUCCUAAAUGGUCAAUGUCAAGAGUCACGAGCAUAGGAGUUACACACAGUAUAAACAGAACUGGGAUCAGCCUAGUGUUAGCGGUCUAACAUUUUAAAAUAGCCUAUAAGUUGAUCUGGUGCUUUUCCCUGUCCAGGCUGGAUCCUCAUUGACCGGUGUGGGAAACACUUUGGGACGAUUCUGAACUACCUUAGAGACGGUGCAGUGCCACUCCCAGAGAGUCGUCGGGAGACUGAGGAGCUAAUGGCUGAGGCCAAGUACUAUCUGGUCCAGGGCCUGGCUGAUGAGUGUCAGGCUGCCCUGCAGGUACCGUCACCCUCAGAACUGGUAUUUUCUCCUCGCACUUUACCCCUUUUCACACUACUGAGCUGAGCCAAACUGCACUGCACAGGCUUGGUUAUACAUCCACCAUAGCUGCUUGAACCGUGCUGGAAAGGACAUGUCAAAAGGAAAAUAUCAGAGCCAAUACUGUUUGGGUUGGCACAAUGGUGUGAAAUGGUCAGUCUCACCCCUCCACCCACACUCUGUCUUCAUCUAGCUCUACCUCCCACUGCCUCUACCUACUACACAUACACCAUUAUGGGCCCAGCCAACUAUGUUAAAAAUCAUAUCCAUUCUAGCUAAAAUCUGUCUUUACCAUUCAAGUAUUUUUGUUUAUUGGUGUUCUAGAACAAAGAGUCAUACGAGCCGUUCUGUAAAGUUCCUCUGGUGACAUCAUUGAAGGAAGAACAAAGACUCAUCGCCACCUCUAAUAAGGUAUUGUUGACCGAGUCACACAUCAGAGUGAAGGACAUGCCCAGUAUUUACUAGAGAAGAUCUAGUCUCACGUAUUCAAUUCAGACUGAUGUUUUACUCUGUUGUUUUGGGUCUACACAGCCCACUGUCAAACUCUUAUACAACAGAAGCAACAACAAAUACUCCUACACAAGGUGAGAGAUUCUUACACCUAUUAAAGACAUGUAAAUGAUAAAUGUCAAGUGAAAAAUGUAUGGUUUAAGUACAGUCCACAUCCCAGGCUGACUACAUUGUAGCCAGCUGCCAGAUCUCACAACGCCUGGAUAGGUGUUUAACAUCACCUAACCACAUCAUAUGAUUUAGCAAUCUGAUGUCUGACUGCACAGUCGAUGACGUGGCACGCAACAGGUGGUUGCUCUGCAAAGGCAAUUACAUGGCUGCAGUAUAGUCGGCGUGGAACGCGACCUGUUAUCACCAACCAGGCUUCCCCAUCCUUCCCUCCAUGCAGUAACUCUGACGACAACAUGCUGAAGAACAUUGAGCUGUUUGACAAGCUGUCGCUGCGCUUCAACAACCGCGUGCUCUUCAUCAAGGAUGUGAUCGGCGACGAGAUCUGCUGCUGGUCCUUCUACGGCCAGGGCCGCAAGAUCGCUGAGGUGUGCUGCACCUCCAUCGUCUACGCCACAGAGAAGAAGCAGACCAAGGUAACGCAAAGAAAUCACACUCGGCAACGGCGUAUAGUGGGAUGUCAUUGUUAAGGUAUUUUAAUGAGCACAGACUCAGCAACUACAUCAUGUCUCUGGCUUCUAGCUCUGAUGUUAGAACUCCUCUAGUAAACUACCUCAAUUUGGGAGUUUGUCGCUAACCUGCUGUUAGAAUACUGUAAAAUAUUAUACUUUAAUAUGCCAUUGGGACAUUUGCUUUGCAACAAAGUACAGGCAUUCUUGGCAUUCAGAUAACAUAAUGACCAGGCAGACCUAAAUACAUAAACCCCUUCUCCAGGUGGAGUUCCCUGAGGCACGGAUCUACGAGGAGACCCUCAACAUCCUGCUGUAUGAGUCCCAGGAUGGGAGGGGUCCUGACAACGCUCUGCUGGAGGCCACGGGGGGCGCCGCUGGCCGCUCGCACCACCUGGACGAGGACGAGGAGCGCAUUGACAGGGUCCGCAGGAUCCACGUCAAGCGACCCGACGAUCGCACACACCACCACCAGUAACCCCUGACUGACCAACCCCCUCGACCAUGACCAUCCAAAGCCCAGCCCAUCCCUGUACAUCUGAUCCUGGACUCUCAGUGACCAACCCCCUCGACCAUGACCAUCCAAAGCCCAGCCCUGUACAUCUGAUCCUGGACUCUCAGUGGACCAUGUGUGUGCCUUACUUCCAACACCCAGCACUUCUCUCUCUUCUUCCCCCACUCCUACUCUCACCCGUCCCCCACAGCGGGAGCCCACUGCUGAGGAGAGACGAGUGGAGGCUUCGUGUGAAGUGGUAAAGUUGUUUCAUGUGUGUUUACAUGUAGGCCAUCUUGUUUUGUGUAGUGCCCUGAGGAAGAAUAUCUGAGUCAUCCUAAAUUGUUUGGGUGUUUAGUGUGAAGUGGCUCAGGGGGUGGUGGAUGCUGAGUUUGGAGGUGUUAUUGUUUUUUCUACUAUGUGUGAAAAUGAAUUGGAUUAUGAAUGGACAUUUUACAUUUACAUUUUAGU